UGAAACCAAACACCCUCUCGUUUCUCCCUGCAAAAAGCUCAAAGCUCUCUCUCUCAGUUUAUCUCUCUGUGAGGCGAUCUCCAAUCCAAAACUAGUUUCUUUUUGUUUCAAUCUUUUCUUCUUCUCAAAUUUCUUGCGCUAAAGAUUCUUAAUUUUUCUUACAUUCUACUUCUACUUACAUUCAAUUUCUGGGGGUGCUCUGUUGGACCGAGGCAGGGGAAGCUAUCGCAACAAGGGCGCCCAGAAGGCAGCAGUAGCGUUGUCUGUUGAGCCACGGGGUGAACUGUCGCCGUCAUUAACUGGACUCUCCGAUUCCUGCAAUUUGCUGCACAUAUCUGCAAGGGUCUCUCUGUCCCCCUCGACCUCUGCUUUCUUUUUCCCUUUUCUCAGAGUUGGAGAGAAACUGAUGCCUUCAAUGGUGCAAAACGGACCCAGAAACAAUCCUCAAGCCCAAAAGCCCCACUCCAACUUCCCCAAUAAACCUCGCAAUCCCAAUUCUAUGGCCAGGAGAGAAAGGAUUAAGAGGCAGAGAGAGUCUCUACCAAUAGCAUCAGUUAAGGAACUACUAGUUGAGGAGGUUAAAACCCAUGAUAUUUUGAUCAUUGUUGGUGAAACUGGAAGUGGAAAAACAACUCAAUUACCUCAGUUUUUAUUCAAUGCUGGGUUCUGUUGCGAUGGAAAAGUUAUUGGGAUAACUCAACCUAGGCGUGUUGCGGCGGUCUCCGUGGCAAAACGGGUGGCGGAGGAAUGUGAGGUUGAAUUGGGGCAAAAGGUUGGAUAUUCCAUCAGGUUCGAUGACAAAACUUCUAGCUUUACAAGGAUUAAGUACAUGACUGAUGGAUUGUUACUCAGGGAAGCAUUAUUGGAUCCUUACCUCUCUAGAUAUUCAGUCAUCAUUGUUGAUGAAGCUCAUGAGAGAACUGUCCACACUGAUGUUUUGCUGGGAUUGCUAAAAAAUGUGCAUAAUGUGAGGUCAAACUUCAUAAAGGACCAUGAUAAUAUGGAUGAUAAGAAGUCAAACAAUAGGACAAUGAAGGGGAAAGGAACUGGUACUCAAUGUACUAGUUUUCUCAAGCAUUGCCAUGGCAGAAAAUUCCCUCCACUGAAGCUAAUCAUAAUGUCUGCCAGCUUGGAUGCUCGUGUUUUCUCUGACUACUUUGGUUGUGCCAGAGCUAUUCAUAUUGAAGGGCGCCAACAUCAUGUUGAUAUACUGUAUGCUUUUCAUCCUGAGCCAGAUUAUCUUGAUGCGACCUUGGUUACUAUAUUCCAGAUUCAUUUGGAGGAGACCCCUGGUGAUAUACUUGUAUUUCUAACUGGGCAAGAAGAGAUUGAAUCUGUUGAAAGACUUGUGCAAGAACAACUUCAUAAAUUACCUGAAGCCAAUCGAAAGUUGUUAACUGUUCCCAUAUUUUCAUCUCUUCCAUCAGAGCAGCAGAUGCGGGUUUUCAUGCCGGCUUCACCUGGGCAUCGUAAGGUAAUAUUGGCCACAAAUAUUGCUGAGACGUCACUGACAAUACCUGGAAUCAAGUAUGUUAUAGACCCAGGAUUUGUAAAAGCACGUUCCUAUGAUCCAGUCAAAGGGAUGGAAUCAUUGAUAAUUGUUCCAACUUCAAAAGCUCAGGCUCUUCAAAGGAGUGGACGGGCAGGGCGUGAAGGACCUGGGAAGUGCUUUCGUCUCUAUCCAGAGUGUGAGUUUGAGAAACUUGAGGACUCAACAAAGCCAGAGAUCAAGCGGUGCAACCUCUCAAAUGUCAUCUUGCAGCUGAAGGCUCUAGGUGUUGAUGAUAUCAUUGGGUUUGAUUUCAUGGAAAAGCCACCUAGGGCAGCUAUCAUCAAAUCGUUGGAGCAUCUGUUUCUGCUUGGUGCUUUGACAGAUGACUGUAAGUUGUCAGAACCUAUUGGGCAUCAAAUGGCUCGGCUUCCCUUAGAUCCUAUUUAUUCAAAAGCUCUCAUCCUAGCUAGUCAGUUCAAUUGCUUGGAAGAAAUGUUGAUAACUGUUGCGAUGCUCUCAGUGGAAUCUAUUUUUUAUGCCCCUCGCGAGAAGAAGGAUGAGGCGAGAACUGCAAUGAAGUGCUUUGCAAGUCCAGAUGGAGACCAUCUUACUUUAGUUAACGUAUAUCGGGCAGUAGAUAGACUUUUAGAAAAAAGAAAGAUGGAAGUCGUUAAUGAAAAAAAUCUCCAUGGAAAAAAUGAAAAAUUUCUGAGAAACUGGUGCAAAGAAAAUUUUAUUAAUGGUCGAUCCCUGAGGCAUGCUUGUGACAUUCACAGUCAAAUUCGAGGGCAUGUUGAACAAAUGGGUCUUUGUAUUUCGUCCUGUGGAGAUGACCAUCUUCAAUUCCGCAGAUGCCUUGCUGCUUCCUUUUUCUUUAAUGCAGCUUUGAAGCAGCCUGAGGGAACAUACAGGGCUUUGGCAAGUGGACAGCUGGAAAUAGCAGAAAAGGAAGAUCUCUGUUUCUUACCAUUGAGGGUGAUGAUUGAUAAUGCAUUCAAGCAUUUUGAUUUACGGUUUGCAUCUCCUUGUCCAUCCCUUUGGACAUUGGUAGAUGAGGGGAAUAGCAGAAGUUUAGGAUUCUCAUUUUCAACCCUUAUCUAGUUGGUGUUGUGGCUAUUUGUCAUUGGGAGCAUCCUACAGAGAGAAUUGUCAAUUCCCAAUGAACUUUGCCGGCCAAUACAAGGAAGGAUGCUGAUGCUGUUUUAAUUUUGCCUUCAUUUUGAAUUUCUAUGAUGGAGAGCCUAGUUGUUGAAAAUCAGCUCAUGUAGAUUUCAUUCUGAAUUUUGUUGAUGUGGGGGAGCCCUAUGAGAGCAUAGGGCUGAGUCCCAAUUCACCAUUUGGGUUCAGUGGUGCUACUAUUUUUAACCCGGUAAAUCCACACCCAACACCUCCCAACCCUCCUCUUCCUCUCCUCCUUCCCUUCUCUCUGUAUAAUUUCAUGUUAUGUUACUUUGUUACCAUUUAAGAUGCUUUUCAUCAUGAUUUAUAGCCAACUCAGUGUAUAAAACUUGAUGAUAUUCUUGGAUGGUUAUGUAUGUGUCUUGCAUCUUGCAUUGAUUGGUAGUUGAAAAUUUCCAACA